AUGGAGAAUUUUCAUAUGAAGUUUGUUAUAAGUGUUACAGAGAAGCAGCGAAAGAGUGACAACCCCGAGAUACUGGAAAUACCGGAGGGAUGGAAAGAGCCAGAAUUUACGCGGAAGGAUAACCCGCAUGGGUUGAUUUCUGAGAGUUCGUUUGCGACACUAUUUCCCAAAUACCGAGAACAGUACUUGCGCGAUUGCUGGCCGCUAGUCAAGAAAAGCUUAGCAGAUCAUGGCAUAAAAGCAGAGUUGGAUGUGAUAGAGGGAAGCAUGACCGUGGUUACCACACGCAAAUGUUUCGAUCCAUUUUCCAUCAUCAAAGCCAGAGAUUUGAUUCGACUUCUCGCACGCAGCGUACCGUACGAACAGGCAACAAAGAUAAUGGAGGAGAACGUUGCAUGUGACAUCAUCAAGAUCGGAACAAUAACGAGAAAUCGAGAACGAUUCGUAAAGCGACGGCAGAGAUUAAUUGGACCGAAUGGUUCUACACUGAAGGCAAUAGAGCUUCUUACAGGAUGCUAUAUCCUGGUGCAGGGUAACACAGUGUCUGCACUAGGUCCAUACAGCGGCCUAAGGGAUGCAAGGAAGAUUAUAGAAGACUGCAUGAAAAAUAUACACCCGAUUUACAACAUCAAGACGCUGAUGAUCAAGAAGGAGCUAGCGAAGGACCCGCAGCUAAAGACCGAGUCGUGGGAUCGAUUCCUCCCAAAGUUUGCCGCUAAGAACAUCAGCAAGAGGAAGCAGCCGCACAAGAAGCGUGCGAAGAAGAAUUACACUCCAUUUCCUCCUCCUCAGCCAGACAGCAAGAUUGAUAAGCAGUUGGCAACUGGUGAAUAUUUCCUGCAAGAGAGGCAGAAGCUGCAAAUUAAGUCAGAACAGCUCAAGGAAAAGAGAAUAGAAUCUGAUGCAAAGAGAGAGGAGAAGCGUAACAGAGCCUUUAUCCCCCCUGAAGAACCAGCGCCAUCUACUGUCAAAGUUGCAAAGAAAAGUGAUACAAUUGAUAUUGAUGCGAUAAAGAGGAAGGUCCAGAAAGCAAAGAAAACAAAAAUGGGAAAGGACGUUUCAAAGGCAGAACCACUGAGGAAGAAGAAAAAACUUUCCAACCGAUGAGGCUUUGUUGUAUGUUAUAUGUGGUGUCAUGUCUGUGUCAGUCCUGAAGUUAUUGUGAAUGUUAAUUGUUCUAUGGUAGUUAUGCUGCAGAAUUCAUGAAAAAAACUCACAUUAGCUCAGCAGUUGGUUCCAUUAUAUAAAUGAUAGGUUGGAAAUUAAUUUUUAUUAAACAUGAUAAUUAGUUCUAGAGGAUGGAAUCAUUACUGUUUGGCAUUUGCUUAAUAUGAGGUAAAUGUGUUUUGGAAUGUAAAUACUGGUGUACGCUAGUUUAUCGAGUUACUAACUCCUUAGUGGUAUAUACUAUACAUGUAUUGUAUUGUACUUAUUCAUGAAAAUAAUGAAUAAUGAUGAAUAAAAGUAAAUUACAUUUUA